AUGCCUCUGACGAAGAUCAACGGCCCCUCCGACCCCUUCCCGCCAUCACUUGAGACGAUCACAUUUUCAACAUGGCCCGUGGAAUGGAACUCCAGACACGCGCCGAUUGAGUUGAAAAGAAAUGAAACAGCGGUGCAGAAUGCUGAUCCCAAUGCUCCCAUAGGCGAACCGAGUCCUCUGUCGUCUCCCUUGGGGCCCCUCUCCGAAUCUCCCGAGUCCGAGUCGUCGGGCUUUCAAGAUAUUUCCUUGCCGACCCACCAGCCCUUGAGAGGUUCGGUAGACAGUCUUUCCUCGGGAUAUGAAUCCCUUACAAGAUCCCCGCUAUUCGAGAGUGAUCAUGGACUCGGUCCAUCCGGGCUGGAUCGUAUUCGCCAGCAACCAUCGCGAGUUCUGACCCUUCCAAACCUAUCGACCUCGUCCCUAGCUCCCAUGGCGACCGCGUCGACCCGUCCUACUCCCUCGACUCGCUCGAGCUCUUCGUCUCGAGCCCAUACCGGCCAUAUGUCAAUGAGCCAGAACUUUAGUGAUCUGGAGGACCUACACCGAUUUCCGUUAGAAUCCCUGCAUUCCUUUUCCUUCGCUCAACAGUCAGAGGAGCUGCUACACAGUCGACAAAACCUUUUGAAGAGAUCGAUCGACUUCAUGCGCGACCGCAUGGGAUGGGCGGCCAGCAACCAGGCUAUCGCGAAUGCACAGGCCAACAUGAGUGGCGAUGCGGAUAUCCAGGGUAUGAUGGAUCUCUUGGCUCGGGCCCAGGUUCUGGAUGAGGAUAAUGCUGCACACCCGCGAGGUCCGACAACGGGACCUGCGGAUGUGAAUGGCGACAACAUCUUCGAGAGGGCCUUUUCGGAUCGUGGUCCAUCUCCCAUCAGCACCCGAGAUGCAUCUCAGGAACUUUCCCUCCCUCCAGGAUCCCAGGCAACUUCCGAAAGCUCCCAACUUCUGAGCCCAGUCCCCAGUGAUCGUAUCCCGCAUUCCCGGAAGGAUCUCUAUUCGGCACCCUCAUCCAGGCGCGUAAGCUUAAAACGUACAUACACGGACCUCACCGCUGCCUCACUCAAAAGCAAGCUGAUGGACACUCUAGCGCAACCAUAUGCCUCGACGGAUCCUUUCGCCACCUUGGCUUCCUCUACCACUGGAUUGGGUCUUUCCAUUCCCUCGGCCUUGCAUACCCAUAGCAGCAAAUGGACCCCCGUUUCGCAGGCCGUUUUCCGAACCGAAGCCAAAGCACCAUGGACAAUCCUCGCGGCCAACGAUCUCUCAUGUCUCAUCUUCGGGGUCACUCAAUCCGAGGUCCGUCGACUCAGUAUUCUGGAGGUCGUACAGAAAGAGCACAGGCAGUGGCUUGAGGCCAAGCUUCGGGACCCUAGCACCGAUGCCGCUGCCCGAACGCCACUUCAGCCGGAGAGACCCAACAUCCGUGCGGUGAACCCCAAGUUCCGAGGACUCGGAAAUGGAGUGACGGCCCAAUUGCUCAGUAAACCUUCCUCCCGCGAAAAGUCUCGGAGAGCCCAAACAGAUGAUGGAUACGGCUCCAGUACGAGAAACAAUCGCAAUGUGAACCACCCGGCCAACAAAUCGCGGGGUGUCUUGCUAUGUGGCGAUGUCGUGCCUAUUCAGAAGCGCAAUGGUGCUAAAGGGUCCGCAAGCAUUUGGGUGAUGGAGAAGCGCGGUGGUCUUAUCUGGGUGUUGGAGGAGAUCACAGAGAACAUUGCCUCUGUCCGCUGUGAUGAUUCCUGGAAUGUGGUUGAAGCUAAGGGCGACCUCGAUAAGAUUUGGGGCUCACAUGUAGUUCGUACGGGCCAGCCUCUUACCGAACUUUUACCCCGUUUGCCGUCCGAGUCCCUCGAAACUUCUCCCGAGAAGGGCCUAGACAGAAUUGUCGCACUGAAGCAUUUUGCCGCUCGCACCGCCGCUGGGGUAUGCAUCCCAGUGACUAUUGGGAGGGUGGAUGAAGGUCGAACCUUGCAGGUGUCGAGUUUCCCCCAUGUUGCAGGCAUGAUGGUGCUUUCAUCCUCCACGUUGAACGUGAUCAGCUCAAAUUCCGUGUUCUCUUCAGCUUUGUUCGGCCAAGAACGCCCCGAAGGCCGCCACAUUACGGAGUUGGUGCCAGGAUUCGACGAGAUUUUGGAUGUGUUAACCGAGGAGGACAACGUGCCAUUGGUGGAUGGUAUUGUGAUUCCUGAACACAGCUUUCGCCGGGCGCGUACACUGUCUAUUCUUCGCGACGGCAAAGGAAAUGCGGCAUCUGUCUUUACGGAGCCUAGUGGCUUGCUGGCCAAACAUCGGGAUGGAUCCACGAUCGUUGUCGACGUGCAACUGCGCGUGGUCAAGAGCAGCACAUUCUUCUCCAAGGAACAAGUGGAGAGGCUCGAGGAGCGCUCAAGCGACUCGGAUGAUAGCGACGAUACUAUUGCCGUGACUGAGCUUGUCUAUGCCUUGUGGAUCACAUACUCGCGACAGAUCCAUGCUGCUGGCUCGGCAGCCAAUUUGUCACCCUCCACGCAACCUAUAUCGAAUAUUACUUCCCCCUCGUCAGGUGCAACCCUCGCCUCGGAACAACCCUCUACUGCUGCCACCACCACCAGGGAACCCCCCGAUGUCAGCAAGAACUCGGUCGAGGUUCAGUCGCCAAGCUCCACGCUCAGCCAACAGCUUAGCGAAGCCGCCUCCGAGCCCUUGACCGAUCGGCCGGUGCAACUGGUUGCCGAAGUGACUGCAGCCGACGCCAAGAAAGAAACGCCCCAGAAACGAACCAUCAACGACUAUGUGAUCCUGGAGGAAAUGGGACAAGGUGCUUACGGACAGGUCAAGCUGGCACGGCUGAAGAAGCAGCAAAACAAGAAGAUGGUGUUGAAGUACGUCACAAAAAGGCGGAUUCUGGUGGAUACAUGGACUCGUGAUCGACGACUAGGCACUGUGCCCUUGGAGAUUCACGUUCUGGACUUCCUCCGCCGGGAUGGAUACAAGCACCCCAACAUUGUGGAGAUGGAGGGCUUCUUUGAGGAUGACAUCAAUUAUUACAUCGAGAUGAUUCCACAUGGGCUUCCCGGCAUGGAUUUGUUUGACUACAUCGAACUUAAGGCCAACAUGGACGAGUCGGAGUGUCGAAACAUCUUCAAGCAGGUGGUUAGCGCUAUCCAUCAUUUGCACACCAAGGCGCUGGUUGUUCAUCGUGACAUUAAGGACGAGAACGUGGUACUGGAUGGAGAAGGUCGUAUCAAGUUGAUUGACUUUGGCAGUGCGGCCUACAUCAAGAAUGGGCCGUUUGAUGUCUUUGUGGGGACAAUCGACUAUGCUGCCCCCGAGGUCCUCCAGGGCAAAUCCUACCGCGGCAAGGAACAGGACAUCUGGGCCCUCGGCAUCCUGCUGUACACGAUCGUCUACAAGGAGAACCCAUUCUACAAUGUGGACGAAAUCCUCGACCACCCACUGCGCAUUCCCUUCCUACCCUUCUCUGAAGCCUGCGUCGAUCUCGUUCGCAAAAUGCUGGACCGCGACGUUGACAACCGUCUGACCAUCACCGAAGUGCUCGAACACUCUUGGAUGGUUGAAAGUGAUUGA